CUACAUCAAAUGUGGGACUAUUUUGUACAUAAAACUAUGUUAUGCACUUGAAACCCCUAUUAAAAUAUGUUUGCAAACAUGUAACUUUAAAUCGUUCAAACAUUCUGUAAAUCUCUAAUGUUUUCUGUUACUGGCCCGUAAACAAUUUUUUACCGAUAUGAGAAUUCGUCUUCUUAAACUAAAACCCCUUUUUUGUAUUCGCGCUUGUUUAUAAUGAGCCUUUCUUAUCAUUGUGCGCCCCACAACUGCAUGUAAUGCAUGUAAAUAAAAUGCUAGAGAUAACCGCUUCUACUGAUCUCGCCAAUAAAAAGUACAUAUUCUCCUUGUUGGUCGCAUCUCUUUGUCGUUCGGCUUUAGCUUAACUUUACUAUUCGUUUGUAUCCUGAGAGAAGGUUAACCUCAUUUCAACCGCACCAACCGCAUCUUAGUUCGAAACGUAAUCAUGAAAACGUUUAACUUUAAAGGACUAAUGGCACCGGUGUUUACCCCGUACAAAAAUCGCUGUGAAACCCCGAAUAUCGACGCUAUUGAACCGUACGUGGAAAUGCUGAAGUCAUACGAUGUGAAAGGUGUGCUCGUAAAUGGAACUUCCGGUGAAGGUAUGCUUCUGAACACCGAAGAACGUAUGCUGUUGGCAGAGGCUUGGCAAAGGGCGUGUAAAAAACAUGAGAUUACUGUCAUGGUUCAGAUUGGAGGAGCACCACAUCCGGAUGUUGUGCAACUAGCUCAACAUGCCUCACAGCUGGAUGUGGAUGCGGUGCUGUGCCUUCCGGAGCUUUAUUUUAAACCUAAAACACCUGAGAAGCUUGUGGCUUAUCUGGAAGGUAUAGCAAAGCAUUGCCCUACAAUACCAUUCUUCUAUUAUCACAUCCCAAUGUUUACCGACGUAAAUGUUCACAUGCCUACAUUUCUGGAUAUUGCGGAGAAGAAGAUAAGCAAUUUCAGAGGCAUAAAAUAUACCAGUGGAAAUCUCGAUGAGGGAAGCGCAUGUUUGAAGGAAGGACGUACUAUAUUUCUUGGCGCAGAUACCAUAUUGUGCGGUGCUGUAGCUGCCGGCUUCGAUAGUUUCAUUAUGACGACGAUCAACAUAUGUCCCGAGGUUGCAUUCCAAAUCAUCAACUACAUGAAUCAAGGAGAGAUCAAGGCAGCUAGAGAUAAGCAACUCCAGUUGAAUACGAUCAUUGCCGACAUAUUAAAGGACGGAGGAGGAGAGUGGGUAUCGGCAAUGAAAAAAGCUUUUAGGGGAAAGUUUCUUUCCAUCGAGGUUGGCCAAACUCGACCGCCACUGAACAUGUGAACCUGUGUGCUUUAUUUGUCCGCUUAAAAUACAUACAAUGCUCCUUAAUGACUGUCCAUGAAUUGAA